GCGAUGCCGGGCUACGACUACAAGCUGCUGGAGCGGCCGCGGCGCCGGGUGCUGUGCCCGCUGUGCGGGAAGCCCAUGCGGGAGCCCGUCCGCGUCUCUACCUGCGGCCACCGCUUCUGCGACACCUGCCUGCAGGAGUUCCUCAGCGAAGGCGUCUUCAAGUGCCCCGAGGACCAGCUGCCCCUGGACUACGCCAAGAUCUACCCCGACCCCGAGCUGGAGGCGCAAGUGUUGAGCCUGGCCAUCCGCUGCAUCCACAGCGAGGAGGGCUGCCGCUGGAGCGGGCUCAUCAAACACCUCCAGGCCCACCUUGGCACCUGCGCCUUCAACGUCAUCCCUUGCCCCAACCGGUGCAGCGCCAAGCUGAGCCGCCGCGACCUGCCCGAGCACGUGCAGCACGGCUGCCCCAAGCGCCGGGUCAAGUGCGAGUUCUGCGCCAGCGACUUCACCGGGGAGGCCUUCGAGGGCCACCAGGGCACGUGUCCCCAGGAGAGCGUGUACUGCGAGAACAAGUGCGGGGCCCGCAUGAUGCGGCGCCUGCUGUCCCAGCACACCCUGGCCGAGUGCCCCAAGCGCACGCAGCCCUGCACCUACUGCGCCAAGGAGUUCGUCUUCGACACCAUCCAGAACCACCAGUACCAGUGUCCUCGGUACCCCGUGCCCUGCCCCAACCAGUGCGGGACGCCCAGCAUCGCCCGGGAGGACGUGCCCAGCCACCUGAAGGAGAGCUGCAACACUGCCAUGCUGCUGUGCCCCUUCAAGGAGGCUGGCUGCAAGCACCGGUGCCCCAAGCUGGCCAUGGGCCGGCACCUGGAGGAGAGCACCAAGGCUCACCUGGGCAUGGUGUGCGCCCUGGUGAGCCGGCAGCGGCAGGAGAUCCUGGAGCUGCGGCGCGACGUGGAGGAGCUGUCGGUGAGCAGCGACGGGAUCCUCAUCUGGAAGAUCGCCGACUACGCCCGCAAGCUGCAGGAGGCCAAAGCCCGCAGCAACUACGAGUUCUUCAGCCCCCCCUUCUACACCCACAAGUACGGCUACAAGCUGCAGGUCUCGGCCUUCCUCAACGGCAACGGGAGCGGCGAGAGCAGCCACCUCUCCGUCUACAUCCGCGUGCUGCCGGGCGAGUACGACAACCUGCUGGAGUGGCCCUUCUCCUACCGCGUCACCUUCUCCCUGCUGGACCAGAGCGACCCCUCGCUCUCCAAGCCCCAGCACAUCACCGAGACCUUCCACCCCGACCCCAACUGGAAAAACUUCCAGAAGCCGGGGGCCUCGCGCGGGUCCCUGGACGAGAGCACCCUGGGCUUCGGCUACCCCAAAUUCAUCUCCCACGAGGACAUCAAGAAGCGCAACUACGUGCGGGACAACGCCAUCUUCAUCAAGGCCUCGGUGGAGAUCCCCCAAAAGAUCCUCGCCUGAGACCCAAAUUCGGGGAGGGGGGGUGGACGGGGGACAGGGGCCGUGAGCUGUGCACCCAGCCCGGGCUGACCCCGAUGGUGCUGAGCCCCCCGCCCCGGGGCUGGGGACCCCGCGGUGGCUGCGCCGGCGGCUCUCAGGGAGGCGGUGGGGGGGCUGCCCCCGUGCCCCCCGCUGGGGCUGGGACCCCGCCGUGCUUGGUGCUCAGACCCUUCUCAGGUGCCCGGGGGUGCCGGGGGGCUGGGCCCCCCCAAUUUCCUUGCUGGGGUGCCCGGUAGCCCCCGCCAGCCUUGCUGGGGACCCAGCGGGUCCCCGCUGCCCAGAGCCAUAUUUUGUAAGCCGGUGGCCCCCGGGAGCACGUUUGUUAUUUAUUACCCUGGGCCGGGGCCCAAUGCCCCCUUCCCUGCCUCUUUUUUUUUGUUUUUUUUUUCAAUAAACUCUUCUUGUAUUUA